CGGCUCCGGAGCCUCGUGCCCCGCGCCGAAGGGCAGCCAUGAACGUGGGCGUUGCGCACAGCGAGGGGAACCCCAACACGCGCGUGAUGAGCAGCCGCGGCAUGUGGCUGAGCUACGCGCUCGGCGUGGGCCUGCUGCACAUCAUGCUGCUCAGCGUGCCCUUCGUCAGCGUGCCCGUCGCCUGGACCCUCACCAACGUCAUCCACAACCUGGGAAUGUAUGUGUUUCUUCAUGCAGUUAAAGGAACUCCUUUUGAAACACCUGAUCAGGGGAAAGCAAGGCUGCUAACGCACUGGGAGCAACUGGAUUAUGGAGUACAAUUUACAUCAUCAAGAAAAUUCUUCACAAUCUCUCCUAUAAUACUGUACUUCCUGGCAAGCUUCUACACAAAGUAUGAUCCAACACACUUUAUCCUCAACACAACCUCUCUGCUGACGGUGCUCAUCCCCAAGCUGCCACAACUACAUGGGGUCAGGAUCUUUGGCAUCAAUAAAUACUGAGCAGAAGGUGCGACAUGGACCUCCCGGCACCGCUGCAGCUUCUCCUCCAGACAAGGAAACCGGUAGUCUGCUGCUGUGCCUCUUUUCUAGCAACACUCGGUGAGAGAUGCUUUUACCUCUGAGAUCCGAYUACUACUUCUUGUGACAUCUGGAAUGUUGAGCUUAGGAAAAGAUGCCUCCAUAUACCUAAAAGUGAAUUGGAAACGUCUAAAAGAAAGGUUUCCAUGAGGAGCUGGGUCAACCCGACUCCAUAGCGUAAUCAGCACUGAGACUAUGCACAUGUCUGGCUGAUGCAAGUGACUGGUAAAAAGGUAYAUGAAGAACUGUUGAAAUGGAGGACAGUGUUUCACAACCACCCAGUCAACCAUAGUAUGAGUGGUAACUUAGUAUUUAAAUCCAGAAUCCUUAAUUUAAAGGACUGGUGAGGCUACAUUCUUGGAAUACUUAAAAGGAGCUAGUUACUUCUUUUUCGAUUGUAAAUGAUUUUGUUUUGUUAU